UUCUGUACAGCAAGAAUAUGUCGUCCGGGUGGAAAAUGCCAUGUGGGAAGUGAAGAAGCAAAAGGCGUGUGUUAUCUAGAAAGAAGUGUAUUUCCAACUGUCCUGAUGAGUAGUAUAAUGGCUUGACAGAUUGUCCGGAGAAAGAUUACUGCAUAGACAGCUAUCUAAGUGGUAAAGACAUGAGUCUUUUGCCCCGUACGGCCGAAGAAUUCAGUUCAGCUGAAUAUUGGGAGCGUUUUUUCAAAAAGAGAGGCGAAAAGGCAUUUGAAUGGUAUGGAGACUACAACAAACUCUGCGGCGUGCUGCAUAAAUACAUCAAACCCCGUGACAAGGUGUUGGUGGUUGGUUGCGGUAACUCGGAGCUCAGCGAACAGCUGUAUGAUGUUGGCUACCGACAUCUCACCAACAUCGACAUCAGCGAGACAGUCGUGAAUCACAUGAAUCAGCGGAACGUUGAACGACGGCCCGAUCUCACCUUCCACCAGGUAGACGCCACCCAGACCCCGUACGAGGACGGCAGCUACCAGGCGUCGCUGGACAAGGGCACCCUGGACGCCAUGGCCUCAGAGGAGGAGGGUGCGCUAGCGGGCAGGAUGCUAACCGAGGUGGGCCGUGUGUUGGCUGUGGGGGGCCGGUAUGUGUGUGUGACGCUAGCCCAGGAGAGCGUGAUCCGUCUGGCUGUAGAACACUUCGUGGGGGUGGGCUGGGCCGUGAGGCUUCACUGCCUUGGCGACCCAGAGAGCGAGGCCUCUUCCUUCGCGCUGCCAGUCUUCGUUUUAAUCUGCACCAAGUUCCGCGUGGCUCCGCCCACGCCCAUCCUGGAGAUGUGUCAGGGAGAAGACGGAGCCGCUGCCCGCCUCGUGCAGGUGGCAGACCUCCUGUCAGCCGUGAAGGAGAGGCAGGCGUACGCCAUCCUGAGGCAGAGGCUCCGCGCAGGCACCGACGCCACCUCCAGCCCCUCCCUCACCCUCUGCCACGCGCCCACUGGGCGCCCCAGGUACACCCUUACUGUGCAGGACUGCUGCCCCGGAGCCAAGGUGCCCAAAGCCAAUCACUUUGCCAUCUUUAUUGUGCCUCAGGGCAGAGAGACAGAUUGGCUAUACGGCUCGAAGGAGGGGCGUGGUCAACUAGCCGCCAGUGCCAACUUCCGCCGGCUGGUUGUCGUGGCGAUGCACCGGGACCAGGAAUACACUGACAUGCAGGCUGUCCAAUCAGAACUCUCCCCUAUGGUGAUGGAGCUGGCUCCUCCAGGGAUGCCAGCCAAUCAGCAGGUCCCUUUCCUGUCUGUAGGGGGCGAGCUGGGCUGGAGGGAGGUGGUGAGCCGCGGGGUCAGUGAGCUGAGCGGAGAGUUCACCGUAGAGGACGUCCGUGGAGAGGACGGAGAGCUCUACCGUAGGCUGGUUUUCCUGAAGAACGCCGGCCUCAUCCAAUCAGAAAGCCGCCUUUUCCGCCCAGAAGCUUCCGUGCGGAGGAAGAAAAACAGGAAGAAGGUGAAGGCAGCUGCUCCUCCACCAGUGUCGUCCCCCUCCCAGGCUCCAGGGGGCGUCCUGUCAGUGGACAGCGGCUAUCUCUGCUGUGCUCACCAUAAGGUCAUGGUGGCUGGUCUUACCGUGCUGGGAGUGGGCACAGCCCAAAACAAAGAUGCCCCAGUGUCGGUGCUCCUGGUGGGGCUGGGGGGAGGGGGCCUGCCCCAGUUUCUGCGGGACUUUGUGCCUGAUGCCAGCGUGGAGGUGGUGGAGCUAGACCCCGCCAUCCUGGAGGUGGCCCAGGGGUGGUUCGGGUUUCGACCCGAUGACAGGCUGAAGGUCACCCUGGGAGACGGGCUGGAACACAUCAGGACCCUGGAGAGAGACGGCGCUCGUUCGUGUGACGUCGUCAUGUUUGACGUGGACAGCAAGGACUCCACUCUGGGCAUGAGCUGCCCUCCUCCUGCCUUCGUGGAAACGUCCUUCCUGGAGAAAGUGCGCAACCUGCUCACCCCGAGAGGUGUGUUCAUGUUGAACCUGGUGUGUCGUGACUCGGCGCUCAGGAAGAGUGUUCUGGAGCGUGUGCGGGGCGUGUUCCCGAGCGUGUUGUCACGAGGGAUCGAGGGGGAGGUCAACGAGGUGCUCCUGUGCUCGCAGGCGGACUGCGCCCCCCUUCUCCCUGCGUCUCUCGCACAGGCAGCCAAGAGCCUGCAGGGGGCGCUGAGCCUGAACAGUACUGGCAGGACUGUCAAACCUCAGAUAGACAUCGCAGAGAUGCUGGAAGACCUGAAAGUAGCAUGAAAAUGUCUGUUUUCAAGGUGAUUGGAGUGUAACGAAAGAGGAGGAGGAUACUGAUCGGAGGAGAGAGUGACAUUCUGUUGUCUCCAUUUUUUUCUUUUUAGAUUUUCCUAAAUAAAUUUUGGAUGGAUAUUG